AUGAAGUUGUCUAUCUUCCUCCCCCUGGCAGCCUUCCUGACCAUGAGCGCCGCUGAAAUCGGUAUCACAAAUGAGUGUAUCAGUCCAUGCUUGAACCAUUGUCUCAAUGAGAGUGCUAUGGUCGCUGGUUGCAUCUCCCAGUACGACACGGACUGCACUUGCCCCAGUGUAGCAUUUAAGGAUAACAUGCAGAUGUGUCUGAAGAUUGAUUGUACACCAGAGGAUGCAGAAAAGGCACUGGACCUACAUAAAGAGCGAUGUGGAACGCCGGCGGAAGAAUAA